GUGAAAUAAAAAUCGAUCCAAAGGAAAGGUUUCGCCUUCUUCUCGACCCCUCAUUCUGCUUCGUCGCUCGGUCUCCGUCCCAGACUUCCUGCACAAUCCGUCGGUUUCAAACACCCUCAACUAGGACCAUGAGUGAAGACGGAGAAAGGACUUGCCCUUUGUGUGCGGAGGAAAUGGAUUUGACUGACCAGCAGCUGAAGCCUUGCAAAUGUGGAUAUGAGAUAUGCGUGUGGUGUUGGCACCAUAUAAUUGAAAUGGCUGAAAAGGAUGACAUUGAAGCUCGAUGUCCCGCUUGUCGUACAGCUUAUGAUAAGGACAGAGUCAUCAAAAUGGCUUCCACUAGUUCUGAGAGGAUAAUGGCUGAAGUGUCCUCUGAGAAAAAGCAAAGGUCUCAAAGAGCAAAGCCCAAGAUUUCUCCAUAUGCCAUGAAACACCUUAGCGGUGUUAGAGUGAUGCAAAAAAACCUUGUAUAUAUAACUGGAUUACCUGCCAAUUUAUGCAACGAAAGUAUUCUUGAGCGUAAGGAAUAUUUUGGUCAGCAUGGUAAAGUUAUAAAGAUUUCAAUUUCUCAUCCAGCUGGCACCUCUUCUCAGAAAAUAUCAAGUAACAACACAUUUGGCGUGUACAUUACAUAUACCAAAGAGGAGGAGGCUGUUCGAUGCAUACAAGCCACACACAAUUAUGUUCUUGAAGGUAAAUCCUUGAGAGCAUGCUUUGGCACCACAAAAUAUUGUCGUGCAUGGUUAAGGAACAUGAUCUGCAGCAAUCCUGAUUGUCUGUAUUUGCAUGAUAUUGGUAGCCAGGAGGAUAGCUUUACAAAAGAUGAGAUAAUUUCAGCAUAUACUAGGAGUACCAUUCAGCAGACUUCUGUGAACAAUUCACAACGACGAUCAGGAAAUCUGUUGCCUUCUAUGGUAGAUGACUUUGGUUGUUCUGGAAUAGGCUCAAACAAGCAUCCUGUCAAGAAUUCCUGUAAUAAUGCCUCAAGCCAAGUCAGGGGUUCUCUUCCCAAUAGUAGUCUUGGGAAAUCCAAUGCUUUACCAGUAGCUACUUCAUGGGGGCUUCGUGGUUUGGCUUCCAGUGUGCAAUGCACUCAAACUCUUUCCAAACAUAAGGUAUUAGAGAUUAGCAAAAGUUCUUCUUUGCCUGCUCUACCAAUAGCAUGUCAAAAGAAACCUUCUGCAAAACCUGAUGAAGCGGUUAUAAUUCCAAAGGUGUCUGAAAGUAAUGUAGGUGGUGCCAUAUCAGGAUCAUCAGAAUUGUUGCAACUUGGUUAUUGUGUAGAUUCACAGUUGUCUCUACCUUUGGAGAUAGCUCAUUAUAGCGAUUGUUCUUUAAUGUCUUCAUGGGAUGAUGAUAUUAAUGUCACAUCGAAGCCUGAGGAAGAAGUGGAAGAUUUGGAUGACAGUUCUAGUGGGUCUGAUUCUCUAAGACCGAGCACUGGGAGCCAACUGCAUACUUUAGCACAUUCACCUACUCAGGUUGUCCCAAAUACAACUGAAAUUCCCCAGGUUUCUUCAACUGGCCUAUCUGUGCCUCUUGAUAAAACACUUGAAGACAAGGGUAUGGAUUUUAGUGAUGACACAAUGUCAAGAAAUAAUACUAUGCCUAGUCAUGUUAGACACCACAGCAACUUUGAUCCUGUUGCUAUUAAGCAUGAUUCAGCUAUUAUCAAUGGUGGCAUACAGAGGUUGGCCUUAAGGUUUUCCUCAGUUAAUGUGGACAGCUCAAAAUUGAAACAUUUAAAAGAUUUUGGUAAACAUCAGACUUUGCUCUCUAAUAUCUCUUCAGUUGUGUUGCCAUCAAGUCAAGAUUUUGAUUCAGCCCCUGUGUCAUUGAGCAUGGAUGAACCAACUGAUUCUGAACCACAAAAGAAACAGUUGGUAUCUCUAAUGAAUGAUAUGGAAGAUCUGUUAAAAGUGCAUAACAUUCAGCCUUUCUCUUAUCUAAAUCACCAGGAUAAUAUUGAAGAUUCUUCUAUUUCUACUUCCUCGUGUAAUGGGCUUGGUAAUAAACAACCAAUAGUUGCCGACAGAUCUCUGGACUUGGAUAGGAGGCUGGAGAUGGCCAAUGGCUCCUUUGGUGGCAAAGAUUUUGUUGUACACAAUGGGCACAGAGGGGAUGAUGUAAACAUAAAUACUUCAAAGAGGAAUACCUCAGGGAGUCCUGGGUACAACUUCAGGGAAGAAAAUAUGAAAUUAGGACAGAUUGAUCUAACUAGCGCUAACAGUGAUGUCUAUGUAGAUGAAACCAGAGAGAGUAUUAUUAUUUCAGACAUUUUGUCACUGGACUUUGAUCCAUGGGAUAAUUCAAUAUCAUCAAGUAACAUUUUGGCUAAGCUGCUGGGUGAAACACAAAAGCAAGAUGCAUUUAACAUAUCCAGUUCAUUGAAAAGUUCAAGCAAUAACCAGUCAAGAUUUUCCUUUGCCAGGAAAGAAAAUCAAUCAAGUCUUCUUGAAUCUCCUGUUAGAGAAACUACUGGCACUCAAAGGCUUUGCUCCUCAUUAAACUCAUACAAAGAUAGUUUCCCCAUUGGAUUUCAGUUCAAUGGUUCUCAGGGUCCUUGUAUUAGCAAAAAUGGUGAAAAUUCAUCUGAUAGGUGUAACAGUUCUGGUGUUGUGAGGGCCAACAUGGCAGUUCCGCCUGGAUUCGUAGUCACAACCAGAGCACCUCCUCCGGGGUUUUCUUCUCAAAAUAGAUUUAACCAGGCAUACGAGAUGGCCAGCUCAGGUGAAAAUCAUUACCAAUCACAUUCAGUUGGUCAUUCCGGUGAUCUGGAGUUCCUUGAUCCUGCAAUAUUGGCUAUCGGGAAGAGUCAGAUAUCUGUUGAGUCAAAUAACUCUAUAUUGAGAUCGAAUUCAUCAUUUCCUUCCCAAUUUAUCAAUUCUGUUGGUGAUCAGAGACUUCACCUAAUGUCUCAGCAGGUCAUUUCUUCUCAUCAGAACAUGAGCAUGCCCAAUCAUCUGGGGGAAACAUACUCGUUAAAUGAUGCUUUUAAUGCAUCACAACUUUUAGUGCAAAGGCAUACAGCGCUUUCUCCAUUACCACAGUUGCCCUUUGGGCAACCAAGAAACACAGUCUACUCAAAUAACCAUUGGGAUGCCUGGAACAGCAUGCUUAUUGGCACUAAUCUCAACAUGGGCGAGGUUGUCAGGAAUGAUAGAAUUGGCCUCAGUGCCCAUUAUAGAAGCACUGAUGAAAACAAGAUCCACAUUCCAAGUGCUGGUGAUCUGUACAACCGAGCAUUUGGAUUGUGAACUUGUGCCACCGAGCUGUCACCUCUUUAGUGAAUGAGUCGCGGAUCUUGGAUGCACAGUUUGGCUCUUGGGAGAUGAAAUGGGUCAUAGGUUUUCAGUGUAAAGUAAAGAACAACAACAGCCUGGAAUGCCACUUUCACUAACAGGAAGGCCUCGGCUUUCAUGAUGCUUUCCUCCAGUGCGACCCUGCUAUCGAAUCUCAAACACGGAGGCAUUGCAGAAGGGGCCUUCUUUUGACUGUUUGAAUGUGUGAAGAUGUCAGAAUCAAACAAGAACCAUGACAUUCCAAGAAUAUGUCAAUGGAAGUGGAUAACCCCACGUGUAGAAAGAAUAAAGAGAAUGAUUGAACAACUACCUUUAUCAAUUGAUUCCUUAGUAGAUGUUGUAGAGCAAAUUGAUGAUCAAAUUGCUUAGAACUUUGCCAUUUGUUUUUUUCCGAGCAAGCAGAGGAUGUUCAAGAUCAAGCUACAUAUGAUGUUCAAGAGCAUGUAUUAAAGGAUGCUCAAAAGCAAGUUGAAUGUCGAUUAUGUAAAGUAAAAGAUGAACAAUUUGCUGAGAUACUUUGGUUGCAUCCAGGAACAAGCUAAUUGAAGAGGAGGCAAAAAUAAAGGAACUUGUUGAUUUAUUGGAGAAGAGUGUCAGUAAUUAUGAAAUUAUCAUUGUUGAGAAGGACAAGAUUAUAAUUGAAAAGAAUAGAAUAUUAGUUGUAAAAGACAAGUCUGUUAUCCCAAUAUCUUUAUUCUUCUUAAAAUACACUUUCACUUAUUGAACAAA